CAUCAUCUGUGCUGUGUGCUGACGGCGUUGUCUCAUGUUUCGAGCAUACACCAAACGACCGCCUGUGUGUACACUGACCGAUAUCUAUCGCCUCCCGUGUCAUUACAAUGUUUGCUUUUACGAUUUUCUUGUAAACAUACUUGGAUUUUAUCAUACUCAAACUCGACACAAUCUUUAUAAUUGAUUAUCAAUACGUCGGCACGGUUGGCGUGUUGUGAACAAUAGGCUCUUCAUUCUAUUAUUGGCUCAACGCUAACAACGAACUCGGACGGUAUCGCCUUUGCAACACGUACUACACAAGUUAUCUUCAAGGAUUGGCUUACUCUAUAAACUGCCUUAACAAAACAGAUAAGUGUUUGCUGUUAAUUCGAGGGCCGACACGAGAGGUGCAGAAAUUAGACCACAAAAUAUUACGCGUUGCGACGGGGCAGAUGGAAAUAUUACGUUGAUGUCCCAUAGCCCAUCAAAGUAUACUGGAAUGUGGCUUCUUUAUCUUUUACUGUCGUAGUUAGACUGUAACCUGGAUCACAAUGAGUGAGGAAGGGUUCAAACUAGCGAUUUUAUGGAUUGCUUAUUUUCUAUACAUGCUCAUAGGAGCUUUUAUAUUCAUGAGCCUUGAAUACAAAAAUGAAGAGCAAGAGUUGCGAGUGCUGAGUGAAAAAUUGGAAACGCUUUCCGCAGAAAAUUCAACGGCCACGUUUGGAUCACUAAAGACGGAUAAACAGAGACAAUUUCUUUACGAUUUUUGCUCUCACGGGCUGGCGCUGAAUCCUGGCGGGGAGCAUCACUAUCAAUGGGACCUAGCCGGUUCUUUCUACUUCGCUGGGACGGUUAUUACUACAGUUGGGUUCGGGCUAACCGCACCAGUCACGCGUGCAGGCAAGCUGUUCUUUCUCCCAUACUCGCUCUUUGGUAUUCCCCUCCACGUGCUUCUAUUCAAUACAAUGUUGGACCGGACAGUUUAUCUUAUCACGGGCCUACUGCGCAGACUCCACCACAAGUUUUCAACAGGCAGCCCACUAUCUGACUGGGAGCCUAGUACGACUCUGAUAGCUUUGGUGGCAUUCCUCUCGAUGUCCAUAUUAGUACUGUUAUCGGCACCACUCUUCGUGUUUCUAGAGGGGUGGUCGUAUUUCGAGUCUGUUUAUUUUGCUGUGGUAACAUACACGACUGUAGGGUUCGGUGAUUUCGUACCAAGCUCAUCCCCAACAGAUGAUAAUCAUAAUCACACACUGCAUUAUAAGGUCGGUAAUUGGAUGGUUAUUAUUGUGGGGAUCAUGUUCAUGUACCCGGCGAUAGCAAUAAUGGCGACGGUUUAUAAACACGUACUGAACGGUUUGUAUGCGAAGAUUCUGGCCUGUUGGAAAAAGAGUAAAUCAAGGAAUAGGACAACGGACCUAGGAGCCCCGGUCCAGAAACCGGACGCCAUCUCAGGCUGCAGUAGUACAUUGUCAAAAAAGCCUUCUGAUUUUGAUAGGAUGUUUGCACAAAGGGUGCUCAAGGAUUGGCAGAAUCGAUGUAAAGCGAGCAAAAUGGGGACUGUGAAUAGCGUAGAAGCCUCCAUACGUAAAAGCCGCGUUUCCUUACCGCGAGAUUGGGUAGCAGAGAACGAAUUAGCUUUGACCAAUAGCGGACCAGACUCGUCUAAUCACGUGACCGGUCGGGUGCAAGUGACGUUUAGUCACGUGAACAGCCUUGAGGAGCUGCUGGCAGCCGAGUCGAGGAUCACGAUAGAGUUUAGAGAGACACUAGACAGGCUGCAUCAACAGAGGCAAAAGCUACUGCAUUCGAGUAGAGACGAGUUUGCGGAUAUAGCUGAGGGCGCUGGCUCGAGUACUGCGGUCUCACAGGUUAAAAUAACUGCAAUAUCUGUUGAACCCUGUAAAGGCGAUCCGCCAGAUGGAAAUACAUCUAGUUAGAGCGCGCUUGAGUAUGUAGUGUCAACUUGAUGGGAAAAUAAAAAUUACAUUCGUAGA